CCGGAAGUCGGCGAGCCCCGCACACUAUUUCCUGGAUUGAUUCAGUCACUUUAGUUAGGCACUUGCGUCUAUUAAGUUACCACAGUGAAACAAACAAAACCGAAGAGCGAAGUAGUAAGAAUGAAUGAUCGCGAACUCGAUCUUACGGAGGCACAGAAAGCAAUAAAGGCAAAAUAUCCGCCGAUCAACAAGAAGUAUGAAUAUCUGGAUCACACUGCUGACGUCCAGCUUCAUUCCUGGGGCGACUCCAUGGAAGAAGCGUUUGAGCAGGUUGCCAUGGCGAUGUUCGGCUACAUGACGGACACAGAGACUGUGGAGCCCAUCGAUACGGUUGAGGUGGAGUCAAAAGGAGAUGACAUGGAGUCCCUGCUGUUUCACUUCUUGGAUGACUGGUUGUUCAAAUUCAGCGCGGAUCUUUUCUUCGUUCCUAGGGAGGUGAAGGUUCUGCACAUCGAUCGGAUGCGUUUCCAAAUUCGUUCCAUCGGGUGGGGAGAGGAAUUCAGCCUUGCUAAACACCCUCAGGGGACGGAGGUCAAGGCCAUCACAUACUCAGCCAUGCAGGUCCACGACAAGCAGAUGCCGGAGAUCUUCGUCAUCAUCGACAUAUGAUGGCCAGCCGGCGGCUCCGGUCAUGUGACCUCACCGGGGGGGGGGGGGGGGUUCGGGUCACGGUGCCGUGACUUCACCAAACGGGCACGGGGUCAGGAAUGUACAGCGCGAAAUUGUGGUUUGAGGUUACAUUUUUCUUUUGAUGACUGGGUGGUGACAAACUGACCGAAAUGCCAGCAGUGUUAAACGCACAGCUUAGUAGCGCUGCAGUCACACAAAGAUGUGACUUGUUAACAAAUAAUUUAUCUAUGAGAUAUAGGCAGAAGGAAUGAAGGUAUUCCAGACGUGCGGUCUUUGGAAGAAUGUGUCUGAUUGUGUUCUGUGGACCCCCCCCCCCCACUCCUGCCUCCCCCCCGCCACUCUCGCUGCCUGCUUCAUGAGUAAUGUAAUGUAAUGAGUCCUCUAGUGGUCACAGCUCUGUUCAAAAAUGUAAUUAGGAUGAUAUUGCGGCUUGGCCACUUGCAUGCAGGGAUUUUCUUUUCUUUUUUUUUGUUUCUGGGAAACCAUGCACUUGUCAUACAUCCACCUGUUGUGUUCCGUUAUUCGUGAGAAUUGUCGGUGCUCUGCAGUACCGGGGUUCCAAAGCUUGGCCUGUGGACGAAGCCCCUGGGAGGUCUUUAGCACGAUCGACAAAAAAACACGCUCGUAUGGGCGUACUUCACCAUUUUAAUCACGCAUUUGCAAACUGACAGCCGUCAUUCCGUUGUAAUAUACCCGCAUGUUUUGUACUGAACACCACGCCAUGCAGGCUGUGGACAUUCUGCCUCUCCUGGUCGGCGUGCGCAGUACACCCAGUCCACUGCUUUCAGUAGUGAUUGUGACAUCAGCAUUAGAAUGUUCGGUCGGGAACAUUCUGACCACACAGUUGUGAUCUCGCACCUUAAAAGCGUUAAUUGCACGGAUACUGAUGCCACAGCUACUGCACUGCAGCCCUGUGGGUUGAUGUUGACUAAUGCUGUCAGACAUUAACCAUUUUAACGAGGUAUGAUAGGUUUUUUUUUGUUGGGGGGGUGGGGUAUUCAUAAGAUUGUAUAUAUGCAACAUACACAAGAUUGUUUUGUAUCUUUCUCUUAGGACAAUGCUACAAUGGGAAAAUUAUUUAUAUUCAGUGAGUGUGGGGGAAAUUAAGAAAUUAAAGAAAAAGUGUUUUCCA